UACUGUAAGAUUUUACAACAUUAAUCUUGAAACUGUAAAAUUUUGCAAGUGCAAGCUUUUUUUUUUUUGGUCAUAUGUACAGAAAACACUAGCAUAUUUGCUACUCUUUCUGUUAGUCUUUGUGUAAGUUCACUUCAUUUGCUUCAAUUUUGUUUCUAACUUGUGUAAUUUCUGUCAUUAUUGGCUAGAUAAGUUCAAUUUCUUCAAAUCUAACUGCUCAGAAUUCCAGUAUUUUUCUGGGUUUUUUUAAUUUUUUGGGGUUGAAUUUGUUCUGAGGAAAGAGGAACUUUACUGAUUAGCUUUUGUUAACAAUUAAUUGUGUUAUUUUUUUUAUUCAAAAAGUGUGUUUUUGGAUGGUUUUGUACUUGCAGUGAACUGGGUAUUGGCUAUUAUGUUCAUUGAUGAAUCUGUUUCUGAAAAUCUGCUUCUUUUGCUGGAUAGUUAAUGGCUUCUCUCAUAUGAAAAUAUCUUGAUAUAAGGGUUGGAGAUUUGUAUAGUGUUCUGGGCAUGGAGUAUUCUGUUCAAUUUCAAAAAUUAUGUCAAAUUGAAGCAAAGAGAUUUGUGUUAAUAUUGGGUUUUGUUGCUAUUACCUGCUUGAUGCUUCAAUCCUUCAUGCUACCCUAUGGAAAUGCACUUAAGUCUCUACUUCCGGAUAAUGAAGUUGUCCUGAGUGUUGAUAGCGGCUUUUCGUCGAGCCAAUUAUUGGUUAAAUCAGAAAAGGAGGAUGGGAUUAAUCCUUCAAAUCUUGUAGGAGUAGUAAAACAAGAUAAUCAUAGAAUUGAUGAUGGAUUUUUAGAGAGUGGCAAUGCAUCUAGGGAGAUAGAUAGAAGUAUACAGGAUGAACCUCUUGGAUUUGACAGGCUUUCAGGCCAGAAGUUUGUAGGUGACAUCCAGAAAAAUAGCUCUGGGGUGGAGUUGAAUCAUGUUGGUAAAAUUGAGCAUAUAGUAGGGUCGGAACAUCAAAUUUUGCAUGAGAGCAGUUUGGAAUUGAAUGAGAGUUCCAGUUCUAAUGGAAAUAAAAAUGUUGAGAUAUGGAACCAAGAGGACCUAGUACUACCUGUGAAUGAAAACAAGUUCCAAGACGCAACUGGUCUUGCUCUUCUAAGGAAGUCAGGAGCGAUGGGUACUCGUCGAAGUAAGAAGGUGAAACCUGGAAUGCCACCGAUCUCUGUAGUACCUAUAGAUAGGAUGAAUCGGAUAUUAGCUCGGCACCUUGCUUCUUCUAUUAGAAUGAAACCUCAAAGGUCUUCUCUUGAUGACCGUGAUAAGGAAAUUUAUGAUGCAAAGUUGAAGAUUAUCAAUUCUACCGUGGCUGAUGUUGACAAGGAACUUUAUGCUCCUGUUUUCAGAAAUGUUUCUAUGUUCCUGAGGAGCUAUGAAUUAAUGGAGAAAGUAUUGAAAGUCUAUGUCUACAAGGAUGGUACAAAGCCCAUAUUUCAUCAACCAAUACUCAAGGGACUAUAUGCUUCGGAGGGCUGGUUUAUGAAACUGAUGGAGGGAAACAAGCAUUUCGUAGUGAAGAACCCAAAAAAAGCUCACCUAUUUUAUAUGCCUUUUAGCUCGAGAAUGCUAGAGUAUGCAUUGUAUGUGCCAAAUUCUCAUUCCCGUGCAAAUUUAAGGCAAUUUGUGAAAGAUUACACUGAAGCAAUUGCAGCAAAAUAUCCUUUCUGGAACAGAACUGGGGGAAAAGAUCACUUUGUUGUUGCUUGCCAUGACUGGGCCCCAUAUGAAACAAGACACCAUAUGGAGAACAGCAUCAAAGCCCUUUGCAAUGCUGAUGCUACUAUAGGUUUCAAGAUAGGGAGGGAUGUGUCACUGCCAGAAACCUUUGUUCGUUAUGCAAGAAAUCCUCUUAGAGACAUCGGAGGAAAACCGCCGUCAAAAAGGAACAUCCUUGCUUUCUAUGCUGGAAACAACCAUGGGUAUUUACGGCCCACCCUGCUAAAACAUUGGAAAGACAAAGACCCUGAUAUGAGAAUAUAUGGUCUAUUGCCCGUCAAUGUUUCAAGAAGGAUGAACUAUCUUCAGCACAUGAAAAGUAGCAAGUAUUGCAUAUGUCCUAAAGGUCACGAGGUCAAUAGCCCAAGAAUUGUCGAAGCCAUCUUCUAUGAAUGUGUGCCAGUGAUAAUUUCUGACAAUUUUGUCCCUCCUUUUUUCGAGAUCUUGAAUUGGGAAGCAUUCUCAGUUAUAGUUUCAGAGAAAGACAUCCCAAAGUUGAAAGAAAUUUUAGUAUCAAUACCAAUGGAGAAGUAUAUUAAGAUGCAGCUUGCAGUGAGAAAGGUCCAGCGGCAUUUCCUCUGGCAUGCUAGGCCUGUCAAGUACGAUCUUUUCCAUAUGACCCUUCAUUCUAUUUGGUAUAGCAGAGUUUUUCAGAUUCAAAGGCGAUAGAGAGAUCUGGAUCAAACCAUUUUUACGCUAAAGCUUGCUAGGAAUGACGUUGAGAUGAUAAUUAAACAGGAGGGGAUUCUACGAAAGAUAUGGUAAUGACUAGGGCAUCUGUACCGGGACCUUGUCCGAUGUGUUGCUGUCAGCAGUCUGCAUGUAUAUAUGAAGUUGCACUACUUGGAAGCUUAGCCAGUUGCUCUACCUCACUGUAAGCUGUAAUAAUACGUAUCAUCAUUCUUUUAUCUCGUCUAUUUGUAUGUAGCAUAUGUUACCAGUUUUCAAUUGGGAAGCAUGUUCCACUUACCUGGACAAAUAUAGUGUUGUUAAUCAUAUCAUUAUAUAAUAGAAGGUUUCAAUGUUAUUGUUA